AUGAAGACAUUUUUUUUAAAAUAUUUAUUUUCAAAUAUUGAGGGGGCUCAAGAUAGGCUUGAGUCCGAAGGGUUAAAUUUUGGGGGGCUCAAGCCCGAAAGCCCAUACAAGUCGCCGCCAGUGAACACAACUGCUUCAAACGCAAACUUUGUGGAACACAAAAGAGACAGUGCAAUUAAAAAUUAUCUAGAAACUUUCUACAACACCCCAAUAAUGCCAAACAUUAUUGCCAAAUAUAGGCAAAAUUAUUACCAAAUUUUGUUGAAACGUCUGGAUGUGUCAUACGGCAUUGGUAGAGAUGCUAUCCACUUCGAUGCUGCUAGACUGGUUGCCGAAUAUUCGAAAUUUGACUCCAUUUCAGCAUAUACCAGAAACAUUGUUGUCUUCGCAUUGUUUUCCAGCUAUUUCUUUAGAUCAGGAAUUGUCUAUAUGACGUUGCUCCAGAAAUGUGAGCGUUCUAAAGUAUCCAGUACAUUCGAAAAGCGGGAAGACGGGAAUAUAAAAACGUGCAGGAUAUCAGAUAGCCGAAUAGCGAUUGUUAGUGUCAAAAAAGAUAAUUAA